ACUAAUUCUGUUUUGUGUUUUCAAAUUAAAUUCCACAUUUUAUACGAUUGAGAUAGUAGGCCUAUGUGGUAAUUUUGUGUAGUUUCUCACCACCUUGGUUUUUAUUUCUCCCACAUGACUUGAACGCACCACAGUAUCUUUAGCAUGAACUCCCCAUCGUCUCUUCAUAUCCCACAAUCCUGUUCGGUGUGUCUUCGCUGCUGUUAGAGAUCAGCUGAGCGUCGCUGCAGUGAGUCCAGCGGCUCGGGUCCGCUCGGUGUUUCUCUGCUCGGGCCCGGACAUCUUUUAAAAAACACUGAUCGACCGGAGACGGGGAUUUUUAUUUUACCCGCCGCAAGAAUGUGACUCUUUCAUGUAUCCGGUUUUUGGUUUUUAACUCCGUAAAAUGGUCCGCUGAUCGAGUAGAGGAAUUGAUCACGUUUUUUAUUUAUUUAUUAGUAUUUCGUUCCUCAUCUGUCCCCUCAGUGCGGAAAACACCUGGACCGGUCUCAGGGAAACCGUGCGGGGUUAGGAGGAGAUUCCAGGGUUUUUACAAUAUAUAAUAUGUCCAGGCGAAAACAGAACAAUCCCUUCAAAGUUGACUGGCCAUUUCACACUUUAGGCCUCACAGGACUUCAGCACACUAUUAACAUGGACGGCAGGGACGAAUUCACCGAAGGCAGUGAAUGCUGCAGCAACAAUUCCCAGGAAGUACAAGAGCAGGAUAGCAUCUCAGAAGACAGCGAUAGUGACCUUGACAACCACGGUGAAGACUCGUCCUCCAACACCUCCGCUGACGACCACAUGUCCACCAAGAGAACGCAGUGCCGCCUUCAAGGAGCGGGGGUCAAAGAGGAGAGCGAGGAAGGGGGAGACAACUGCAUCAACUUUGUGUGUCCGCUCUGCUCGCUGGACUUCAGCAGCCCUGAGAAGCUCAUCUCCCAUGUCUACCAGCACACCAGUAUGAUGAGCAGCAGUAAGAGCUACGUGUGCCCGGUGUGUGGGCGCGCCCUGAGUUCGCCUGGCUCGCUCGGGCGCCAUCUUCUCAUCCACUCCGAGGACCGCCUGUCCAACUGCGCUGUCUGCGGGGCGCGCUUCACAGACACCAACAACUUUGACAGGGAGAAGCUGAAAGAUGUCAUCGACACCUCCAGGAUGGAUCUGAUGGACGGGCGGGACACGUGCUCCAUGUCCCUCUCCAGCAGCCCCAUGAACAGCCCGGACCACGCAGCAGGGCCCAGCCCCAGCUCCUGUCAGGGCCCCCCCCCAUGUCAGGCCCCUGACCCCAACAUGUGUCAAGCCCAUCACACCUGCCAGGCUCCAGACCACCACCCCAGCCAGUGCCACGGCCCCCGGCAGUGUCAGGGCCUGGGACCCUGCGUGGGCUCUGACCAAGGACCCUCCUUUCCCUCUCUGCCCGACAGCCUCCUCUCUGACGGGCCCUCACUGGGGUCCAUCCCCGACGCUCUGAACUCCUCCCCCCCAGGCUUCCCUCCCAUCUCAGACAUCCUGAGCCCCAUGCCGGUGUAUCCCGCCGGAGUUCUUCUGGUGUGCAACAGCUGCAUCGCCUACCAGCAGCUGAUGGAGGCUCAGUCUCCCAUGCGAAAAUGGGCCCUGCGUAGGAAGAACGAGCCCGUGGAGGCCCGCAUGUAUCGACUGGAGCGCGAGCGCACGGCGAAGAAGAACAAGCGGGCGUGCGAGUCGGAGGACGAGAGGGAAGUCAGGAGGCUGCGGGACCGCGAGGCCAAGCGCAUGCAGAGGAUGCAGGAGUCCGAGGACCAGCGGUCGCGCAGGCUGCAAAGAGACAGGGAGGCCAUGCGCAUGAAAAGAGCCAAUGAGACGCCGGAGAAGAGGCAGGCCAGGCUGAUCCGAGAGAGGGAGGCCAAGAGGAUCAAGAGGCGGCUGGAGAAGAUUGACCCCGCCCUGAGGACACAGAUCGAGCACGACCCAGCGGCCAUGGCUGCCCUCACAGCAGACAUGAGUCUCUUCCAGUUCCCCUGCCCCAUGCCGGUCCCUUCCAUGGAUAACGGUCUGUUCAUGAAGAUGCCCUAAUGGCGGAAAAACAUCGGGCCUCUAGCAGCGACUAUAGCCGCUUUCACACCAAGUACUUAGCUGGUACUUGUCCCUGGUACUUGUUCCCACCGAACUCUUUAGUCGCUCGAACUGUCCUAGUAGAUCGCGUUCUCACCGGAAUAAGUCCCUGAGGGAGGAUUAGGCAAAUGAAGCCGCUGACGUCACUUCUUCUUCUUCUGCUUUGGGUUCACAAAACUUUUACGGGGUUGUUUUGCAAUUCGCCCAGCCAAUCAGAAAUUGUUAGUGUGGCCGACACACCCACGAACCAUUUCCUCCUCAGGAAAGUACUACCUCUCUAGCAGGGACUAUCUGGGGGUUCAAAGGUUUGCGUGAACUAGGGACUAGUUCCAGACCUUUUUGGUGUUAAACCAAAUCUCCCCCCCUAUCGGCCUAGUUCGGGGGGAAAAGUACUCCGGUGUGAAAGCGCCUAUUAACUCUGCCCUUUGGUCACAGUGAACCAUUCCUCGCUGGUUUACCUCCAGCUUCUUCUGUGUCGCACAGACUAACUGCUUUGUUGAAUACAGCAAAAACGUUUUCAAUUUCUAAUUUAUUACAGUAUAGAAAGCCUUGGGAACAGGGUUGAGAAUGUUUCAUAUUGUAUGGAUGAGAGCAUGUUGUAAAGAGAUUUAUCUGUUGGUCAGAGGGCUAACAUGUUAACAUAGUUCAUUCUAGUAGGAGCAGUUAUACUUCCUUUGAUGGGGAAAAAAUUGUCUUUUUGCACAUGGACCCUCAGUGACAGGAGUGGGGACUUUGUAGCCGCAGGCAGCCCCCCCCCCCCCCCCCCCCCCUCGUAUACCAGCCCAGUGACUUGGGUUUACUGGUAGCUACACCUCUCUCUCUUUCCAAGCUGCCGCCCUGGGAAAUUCAUAUUCAGUCAAACUCUUCUACCUCAGCUGUCUCGUGGCUUACUGCGCUCCACCUCCAAGCUUCCAAAGCUCUUCAUGUACUGGACAGAGGGUCUGGGAUAUUUCCCACGAUAACAGUGUUUCGUUGAUCACUCAGGCAAUUUAAUAGGACACAAACAUUCACUGGAGCAACUGAUUUAAAAUCACAGCAGUUCCACAUUUCCUAGGUUUGAUAGAAAUGCUACUUCACAGGAAAUUGAAUGUUUUGUCCUAUUGAACACGCCGAGUGUGGAGCAUCAUUCCCCCUCGCCUCCUGAGUCGUACAACUUGAUGCAUUUGUCUCUUUACAUUUGCAAAUAUUUUUCCCUACGUCGUUACACUCCAAAUAUUAUGCCAAUGUCAUUUCUUUUUUUUACCUUUUCUGUUACAAAGCUUUUCCAAGGCUCAUAAAACUUCUGUCUGUGCUGCUGUUAUUGUACUGUACAAUACAUUAGUUACCUCUUAUAUAUUUCCACAUUAAGGAAUAAUGUGCUAAAAAGUUCCAUCUAGUGUUCACAAUGUUCAUAAAAUGAUACUUUACUUGAAUUCUGCCCACAAGUACACAUUGGUUUUCCUCAUGCGUAAAUAACAACAUCAAAUGUGUAAUUAUUUACAGGAUCAUACACAAAUAAUGCCUCCUCUGCAUGUGAUGUUUUACCUCCAGUAAACGUGAGCUGUACCACUGGGGUUAUUUUAUAUCCUCCAUCAGCUAAAUUGAUGGAAGCUAUUUAUUGAUUCAUAUAAGGAACAGAUUUUAAACUUGUGUACCUGUUUUUUAUAUUUUGAUCCCGACCAUUACUGAGCACUGGGGCUAAUCUCAUGAUACAUACAGCCCAUACUGGGAGAGAGAUUUUUAUUACUUCAUUAACCUCAUUCCAGCACAUAUUUAUGCAAUAUGAUGUGAAUAUAUUUUUAUUGUGAAAAUGUUUUGGGUUAUUUUGUUACUGUCAGUGGUAUAAAAUGUUUUAAUUAGAGGCCAUGUCUGGAUAUUACUUGUUUAAUUUCCUGCCUGUAAGGUUACCUCCAGUUUUCUGAACUUCACCAGAUGUAAACAUUUACAAUAAGCAGUUUCUGAAAUAUUCUCCAAAGAAUAUCAGAGACACGGUUCUGUUUGAGUCACUCCUAGACAAGAGUCCAUCUACCUGGCUGUUUGUCACAGCAAAUUUAACAAAGAGGUAAAAAAGAAUACGGGAUAUUCUUUGGUUUUAUCCUCAGAGGCUUUCCUAGGAGUGCAUCAAACCUCUAUGCAACAGAUGUGUUAUUUAUUCCAAGGGAGAUUAAUCCAUUUUUCACUGAAACUAUGCAGAAUGUGACUUCAAUGUAAAGAGUUUAGCUUCUCAGGCAAUGAACUCAGUGAGGGCUCUGAACCUCGAGAUGACACCCUGGUCCAUAAGAAUCAUUUAUAGAUCUAUCUUACGAUGUGAUAGCAACAUUUUUUGGCAGGUUUGUGACUUUUCUAGAGACACUUUGUCUCUGGAUAUGUGUUUUCUCUUCCUACUUCAGCACAUGAAAGCAACAGGGUCUCACUGCCAUCCGAUUCAUGACAUACCGAGGCUUCAGGUGUCAUUAUUUCUCUCUUCUCUCACACUAUGAAUACUGGGUAUUCUCAGAGGUUGCUCUUUCAAAUUGCUGUGAUCCCCUUUGUCCUGCAGUGGGGGUGACAGAAAACGGUGGCGCCUGUGGUCUGACAUAUUAUUGCAGAGGAAGUACUCUGAAGUGGUGCUGGUGUUUUAUGAGCAGCUCUCUCAGAAUGGAUUAGGUAAGCACUGCAUGUCGUGAAACUGCACUUGUCCUAGAAUGGUUCGAUAUGAGCUUGUGUUCUACUGUUAGUUUAUGCCUGCCUGUUUUUUAGUUUAUUCAAAAGAAAAAUGUUGUCAAAAAAAAGAAAAUGUUGGCCUUUCUAUAUUAAUUCUAUCAGGAUUUCCUCUCAAUGUCCAUGUUUACAAAACAAAUGUCUGAACAAAGGCCAAAUGAAUGAGCUAACUGCUAAUGGGAACAUUCAUGCUUGCUGCGAUAUCAAUGCAUUCUGACUGGAUGCCAUCCUGUUACUGGAGUAACAGAUGUACAGAUCAUGAUGAAACCUGGUGAAGAAUGUGGAAAUAAACAUUAACUUUACUAUAAUGGUA